CCAAUCCUGCUACAGGUGUCGGUGGGAUGUUCCAUCACUCUCACGGGGAGAAGGGGGUGACCCCAGCUUGUGUACUUUAUGUAAGUUUAAGUUUCGCUCAAAACACAUCUUGUUCGAGUAAACGAACAGCAAUUGUAAAAUAGCAAUUCGUCUGGAUCAGCUGCAAAAGAUACCCCGGCAGUAGCCCUGUAACACAUCCCUCCCCCGUCGAACAUCAAUGGCGCCCACCCCCCUGUACCCACCCCCGUCACGCGGAGUGGUAGAGUCCGGGAUGCGUUCAAGUGGAGGACUCCCCGGGGCUAAGGGCGGCCACCCAGCUCACUCAGCGCCUUCCUCAGCGCAGUAGCAGCAGCAACAACAACAACAGCAGCAACAACAGCAACAACAACAGCAGCAUCAGCAAGCAAAGCGAAGCGAUCCAAGCGGACAGACCCCGGCCAGCGGAAUGGACUUUUCCUUGGACGACGCCUUGGAUGACUCCCCAAGCGCCGCAGUCAACCAGAAGCCGGAGCAACAUGGCCCCGGCAUGCAACCCGGGGGGUUCCCCGCCGGGGGAUUUCCCGCCGGGGGAUUCCCCGCCGGGGGGUUCCCCGCCGGGGGGUUCCCCGCCGGGGGGUUCCCCGCCGGGGGAUUCCCCGCCGGGGGAUUCCCUGCCGGGGGAUUCCCCGCUGGGGGAUUCCCUGCCGGGGGAUUCCCCGCCGGGGGAUUCCCCCCACAAGCCGGUGGGUUCCCCCCACAAGCCGGUGGGUUCCCCCCACAAGCCGGUGGGUUCCCCGGACCCUUCCCGGCUCCCGGAGGCUCAGCUCCAAUUCCAGCUCAGAAUGUGCUGCCCGUGCCGUUCCAGCAGCCGUUCCCGGGAGGACUUCGGCCCGGCAUGCGUCUCGCCGUGCGUGGCGUUGUCAAGCCGACACCCUGGAGGUUCAUGAUUGACCUGGGCUGCGCCCCCGGGAGGGAUGUGGGCAUGCACAUCAGCGUGCGUUGGGACGAGCGACCGAACGUGGUGGUGCGGAACCACAUGGUGAACGAAGGCUGGGGCCGCGAGGAGAGGGCCCACCCGGCGUUCCCGUUCCGCCCGGGGCAGCCGUUCGAUCUGCUGCUGCUGUGCACGGACGCCGACAUGAAGGUGGCCGUGAACGGCGCUCACUUCUUCGAGUUCAAGCACCGCGUGCAGCCCAUCUCGCGCAUCACGGCCUUCACCAUCAGCGGGGACGUCUCGCUGAGCCAAGUGUACCUCACAUAGCCGCCCGGCAUCCCUCCACCACCAUCUCUCGCUCAACACUUCUCUCGCUGAGCCGACCGUGCCUCGUAUAGCCGCCCGGCAUCCUUCCACAUCCAUCUCUCGCUCAACACUUCUCUCGCUGAGCCGACUGUGCCUCGCAUAGCCGCCCGGCAUCCCUCCACCACCAUCUCUCGCUCGGCCAAGUCUAUCUUGCGUAACCAAUUAACGCUCCACUACCACCUCCCACCUCACUCCUCCAUCUCACUCAACUCUCCUAUCGCUCGGCCAAGUCAGCCCCACCUGAGGCCCACCUCGCUCGGCACCUUGGCACGCUUUACCUGCCGGCCGCCACCGUCGUUCGGCCGGCGAUGGAGCGAGCUGACGUGCGGACCCGUCGCAGAGAUGAUUUGUUCCGCUCGCCAGGGCACGCUGCGGCGAUGUCACACGGCGUGCGUGUCGGAUCGCUCGCUACUGUGGGUCACCAUUAAAGGAUCCGAACUCAGGGUUUUGCUUUCGGAAAAGCUUC